AUGUUUUUUCUUAAAGUGGAAAACAGCGUUGAGGUUACAGUGCACUUCUGCUCUCGUAAGGGUCAUUGUGAGGAUGCAACAUUCUUUAUCAAGCCAGGUACCACAAAUGGGUUCGAACAGCUGAUGAGCUGCUUCAUUUAAGAGAUUGCAUUCAGUAUUCAAGAUUUUAAAUCAUGUGCAACUUGGGAGAAAUUAAAACAGUAUACAUUACUAAACAGCGUGAUGCAGUUAGCUGACACGAAGAUAGCUCCAACGACUGCAAUCUACUGCAUUGUAAUAUAAAUCUGUUCGACUCAUGCAAAAUAUUCAUAAUAUGGUGCAAGUUCUUACGGCAAAGCUUCGUUGUGUGCGAGUGUUCGUCGAUCAGUUUUAAUGUAAGAGUGCACUGGAUGUGUUAGACAAUUUAAUUUUAAUAAUGUGGGCAUGGAUGUCUCCGAUAUCUUGUUUUAUGUAGAUUCGCACAUAAAGCGCAAACAUGGACAGCCCUUGUACGUCCAGUUGGCUCUAUUUACAUUGUUUGCUCACCAAAGUAGCGAAUUGAUGCGUUUGAAUAGAAGACUGAUCGCAUCGUUGUUUAUAUCAUGCACGGUGAAAUGUCAAACAUGCCUGCAAAAACCUCUAGCGUGACUGCAUAAUGGCAAAAUCUGUCCGCUUUUUAUGUCCAAAUGUUGAAGUGCCCGUUGAUGCAAAAGCAUACCCAAUGAACUGGGUAAUUAGUUGUUGGAAAAGCACUUAUAGGCUACUUAUUUUUUCAGCCUUCACACAUCUGCGCAUCGUUUAAAUUAUCUCACUUAUAUUAAAAUACCGUCCAGUAUUUCCAUCGAGGCGUUUAAUAUAAGCCAGAAUGUAAUAAGCUAUUAGGAACCAAAAGCUUGUAUUUAUUCAAAGGAGGUUAUUCAGUCUGGGUGCUUAUGCGGAGAACAUUCACUAUGUAAGUGUACAAACUUAGCAGUGCGUAGAAAGAUAGUAUGCAGAGAACAACAGGAGGUAAACAUCAUGUUAAUUAAAGAAGCAGACACAAUUGCUUGUGUUUCCUUCUUUAAGACUGCUUCCUGCGAAUUGUUUGUUUGUUCUAUUGGUAAUAUGCUAAUUAAUUACUUUGCGAUAACAGUGAACAAGAAAACAACCUUCAGCAGUUGAAUGCUGUAAACUCAUCUUCUGUUUGAAAUCUUAAAGGGCUGACGCCAACAGAAUUUACGGCGACGGCUCUUAAUUCGUCCGCCGCAUUCACAUCGGUGACAACAUGGGCACGUGGUAUGCUGCCACUCAAUUCCAUUUAAUUUACAUGUUUUUAAAGCCCCAACGACGUUCACGAUGCGGACGUCUUAAGUGUCUAAUACCGUAUUCUGUACCCAGGAGAGGCAUCUGACAAUUAUUUUCCUCCAUUUUCAUCGGCCCUGUAAAGCGUUUCGCCGAAGUGCGCACUCUCUAUACAGAUGUGCGAUCUCAAAUAGAAUAACCAUCUCUGCAGUGGCGCGCUUAUGUAUCAAAUAAUGCAUGCAUGCAUAUAGGCAAGCGUUGACAUAUACCUGGAAAGUUUCAUGACUGUCUGCUGAGAGCAAAAUCUGUCGCUUACCUUUUCAUAACGUGCUGGCCAAACGCAGGCCACAACUGCAUAAGAGGCUGAGCACUAGUAGAAAAUGACUGAUGGAAGCAAUGCCAUAUGUAAAUUAGCAUACUGAUGCUUUUGAAUAUCAUAAUAGUCGCCUUGAGUGAAUAUAGGUCUUGUAAAACUGUCAUCAGUUAAGCUCGCUCCUUCUUCCAAACUGCGUGUUCGACCGUAUUUCAACAUGCAAUGUAUCACAGUGAAGCACGUACUUCAGUCUAUUUGUUCCUUCCCGGAAUCGUGGAAGUGUCAGCUUUUUUUAAAUUCCAAGAUAAAACAGCAAUUCAGGUCUAUAGGAAAAAUCGUUUUCAGGCGUUACUGGCCUCAACCAAGGUUUGGAUGUGUGUGAUAUUUUGUUUUGCACUGAUAAGCAAAUUCUUGAAAAAAGUUUUUUCAUUAUUAUUUCAUUGUGCUGUCCGAAUUUCGCCAUUUGGCAACUAUGCAUAUUGCUGUUAAAUCGGACCUGGUCCGCAUGGUGAAGAUAAUUUGUUCUACAAAUUAACUUUUUAUCUCGAAAGCCGUUUGAAAACGUCUCCUGAUUGGCGUCUAAUGAUAUGCUAUUCAGGUAUACGAUUAAAUUCACUUGGGAACACUACGGUAGUCCGUAUUGGUCAUGACCCAUAGUAGCACCCGAACGCGUAUAAAGUUGUAUGUAAUCCAGUUAUUUGCUAUUGGCUAAGAAACACUGAUUGCGAUGCUGUAAGACUAAAAUACGCUUUUUUACUUCCCACGAUUCCGGUCAUUGAAAUAGAUUUCAACUCGUAACCAACAAAUUAUUGUCACAAAUACCUUCUUCAAAUGCGUGCAAUUAUUCCGUUUCGUCUCGAUGACUUUUGUAUCCAGGUAAUUUAAAUACAAUUUGUGCACAUAUUGGGCACAAAUGAAUUCUCCAGAAAAUCUCUCCAUCGUCAUAUCAUCUAAGUUUAUCUAACGAAAUUCCGAAGCCCCGGACUCUUUAUACAGUGGUACUCGUCAUUUCCAGUAAAUCAUUUCCGGAAUAUUAUAAGAUAGAUAGUGCCUUUUUACCGAAAAUACUGUUGGCCUAAUCUAAGGUAUUGUUUAAUUUAUACGACAGAUUUGAAAAGCUUGUGGAUUUGGAAUCCUGAUACGUUGUUUAAAAACAACCUGGACUACAAAUUGCCUACCAAAUCGGUUUUUUUCUUUCAAACUGUAUAAAUGAGUUAUCGGAGUUUAACAUCUGCUUUUGAAUAGUAAAAGUGGUUUACAAUUAGCGAAGCACAUCAUCAUGUAUUCAAGUAGUUGACUUCUUCAGAAGCUAGUUUGUGCACGUCAGAGCUCCAUAUGACUGGUUACUGCUUCGUCUAUACGUUUACGGCCUAUUCAUUAUAGUAAUGUAUCUGGUAUACGUACGUGUUUACUGUGUAAAAUGAAACAUUUUAUGUGCUGGUCAAAAUUCUUAAAAGGAAUCGUUUUAGGCCGUUGAUAGACUUAAACGUUACUGGAAAACUCAUGGUUUUACUUGCGCGACUAUUUCAUUUAAUCCAGCGUAAGCAUUUACGGCAAAGCUUGGUUGUGGCAAAGAUUCUGCGAAUUAUUAUAAUUAUGGUUUACCCUGGAUGUUUAAAACAAUAUACAAUUCGACGGUGUGGGAAUCUGCUUCUCAGAAAUCUUGCUCUAUGCCAGUUUGUAGCGACAAAGCCGUGAAAAUGUCUGUUCUGCGAGCUACAAUUACCGAGUCAAAUCCAAAGUUGGAAGGGAGAAAACAAGAGGUCCCGUAACGAAGGGUUUAAUGUAUGAAAAACCCAGAGUUGUCCAGUGGCCACUGGCGACGCCACAGCUGGUGUUGACUGCGUCCAGUCAUACAUGAGAGUCCCCGGGUCAAUGAAGCAGUCGUGGGACAAACGCAAGUGGUUUCCAUUCAGUGUGUAAAGAUGGAGCCAAAUUUUCCUAAUUUUUGAGGCAACCGUAUCGUCCCCACGGCGAAUGCCCGUCUUGCACACACAUUAGCAUCGGCAACAUAACACUCCAUGAAGACCAGAGCAGCCUUUGGGCUCAGGCUCAGCGCGAUGAUCCUCAUAUAGGCCCCAUCUACUACAGAAAACUAGGCGAAUCACGGCGUUUGAGUGGACCCCAGCUUCGAGGUUUCAGUUACGAGACGCGCGUUCUGUGGGAUAAACGUUUUGUAGAUAAUGGGGUAUUGUUCUACCGCGACAGUGAUCAGUAUCCCCGGCGUAUCAUUCUACCGUUAUCCAUGACCGAUGAUGUCCUCACGCGAAUACGCACUCAGCUAGGGCACGUAGGAAUCCAUAAGACCAAGUGGGUCGUAAGGAGGAGAUACUAUUGGCCCAACUUAAGAUGAUAUGUGUGGGAUUUUAUUCGGUAUUGCGACUUGUGUAAUCAACUAAAGCCGCCACCCCACUUGAACUGAGCUCCCCUUUUAACCAAUCCUGACAGGCUACCUCAACGAACUCGUUGGCGCUGACAUCAUUGGACACAUAGCUCCAUCAGUCCGGGGCAACCGUUACAUUCUGAUCAUGGUGGCCUUCUUUACGAAAAUGGCUAAAGUGGAACCAGUGCACAAUAUGUCGGCGGAAACAGUCGCUCAGGCCGUUUUUAAUGGUUGAGUAUGUAGAUGGGGAGCCCCAGACCAAAUUCACUCAGAUCGAGGAACUUCAUUUGAAAACGCAGUUCUUCACAGUCUUUGUAAGUACUUACGGAUAAACAAGACACGCGCUACUGCUUACCGCCCGCGGUGUAACGGAGAAGUUGAGCGAACGAAUAGGACGCUAAUCGGAUUGUUAAAAGCCUUUGUUGACCGUCAGGCACCCUUCACGUGGGACGAUGCCUUACCCGCAUGCAUGCUCGCACACCGUUCCACGAUUCACCCCUCAACCCAUUAGUCGCCGUUCGCUCUCACCUGUGGUCGGGAAAUGCGGAUACCGUGAUCAGGAGGGGCAUCUGCGCGAGUAUUAAAGGAGACAAGAUAAUCGAAGCCUAAAAGUGUAAGGAGACGUAAAUUUACGCGAUUAAAAUCACCGCAUAAGAGAGUAAGAUAGUCGCAGGAUAAUAUAGCAAGUUUUUUGUGAGAGGAAGUCGCGAAAACGGAUUAAUGCGCCUUCACAGGAAGAGGGGGGAAUGUAAAUACUAACAAAUAUGAUGCCUUUAAAAUAACUUAACAAACGGGGCUUAUUAUAUGCAUACAUAAACGGCGAUCACAUCUAUCAAAUCAUCAGAGUAAGAAAAAAGGGACUUACAGUCUUUACACCAAUUUUCAUUAACGAAAAUGGUAACGCCUCCACCUCUGCCACAAGAUAAAGAUUUUCUAUCUGUUCGAAAGCAGUAGAAGGAUGGGGGAGUAAUAAGUUGCGAAUCAAUGUCACUAUUAAGACGCGUCUCUUGAAGGCAAACAACCUCAGUUUUGCUGUGUGCUUUUUUCGACAAAAGUAGCUCCAAAUCAUGGGUUUUGUUGAAAAUAGAACGACAGUUUGUCGACAAGAAGGCAGGAAUUGACAAUUUGUGAUUCGGCUGACGUUUGAAUGCGAAUUGCCAGACAAAACGGUGUUUUCUCCGAUGCAUAGGCCGCUGUUGACGAAUAUUUGAUAAAUUCAACAGAGAACGAUCACAAAUAGGACAUAUUGGUCGUAAAGUACAACAGUUUGCAUCAUGGUCGUUCGUAAGUGAAAUUGACAAUUUAAUUCGUUCAAAAGGGUGCUAGCGUACUGUAGAGACGACCUCAUAAUCUUAGCUCAAACAAACACAGGAUGCAAAACAGUUCGAUAUAUCGAAGAGGAAGGCACAAUAAUGUACAAUUAGUAAAAAUCCACACGUGAAUGGACAGCUACAAACAUGGCGGCUCAAAUUCAAAAGCCCGCCUCAUGUGCUUUUCGAUAUCUCCAAUAACUAUUGGAGAUACCCUAAUAGCAAGCGAGCUCGCCGCGAGCUGGCGUACUCUGGGGGGGUAGUGGGUCUUUAGCCUGCUCGCGAUUUGAUUGGUUCCCGGGUCGGCUGCGCCGGCGUCGCGAAGGGCGCAAGCGGCCGCGCAUACUUGCACUUGAUUAUCGAUUAGCUUCGGUGCCCGAUACUCCUCCGGCUCUCGCCGGUGCCACUUUUUGCUCUCUCACGCUGCACUGCGCACGCCGUGUCUCGCUCUACGCUGACGUAGCCUACCCUAACUGUCUUUGACUUUGUGUUCCCUCAUUAUAAUGAGGUAUCCCUCAGAGGCUUCCAACUGUUCAGAAGAGACAGGAAAAGCCGAGGUGGAGGAGUCGCUGUCUAUGUUAGUUACAACUUAACCGCGGUCCCUGAACAUAAUCUAGAAACAACAGCGGCAGUGCAAUUCUUAUUUUUAACUAUCUCCACUAAAUAAGUCAGGCUACUGGCGCUUGCAGUUGUAUAUCGUUCCCCAAACCAGAUUUCCGAACACGAUACUCGUCUCCUAAGAGAACUGAAAAGACCUGCUCGAACAGAAGGGUCCUUAUUGUCGGGGACUUUAACGCCUCCAAUAUCGACUGGCAAGCUUGGAUGGUUUCGGGUACAUCGAACACAUUUGGAUAACAUUUGCUUGAAAUGGCAGAAGAAAAACUACUAUUUCUAUGUAUGUAUCUCUCGGAACACGUGUUAGGGAAGGGAAACGUUCAACUUGCCUCUACCUGGUGCUCACUCCAGAUGAGGAGAGUGUGCUGGAUAUACAAUAUCUCCUGCCAAUUGGUGUUGGUGAUCAUAUUGUGAUGCUCUUCGAGUAUUCCAUGUUCUCCCAACCUAAUUCACCUGAACAAUUGCAUACAAAUAUCUGGAAGGGGGAUUUUUUAGCAUGCGAAAGCAAGUCUCAGCAACACCGUGGACAACCAUAUUGCAGGGAAUAGUUAAUGACUACUGCAGCACGUUCAGCUCACUGGUCAUAGGAAGCGUUAAUCUAAACUGUCCAAUAAGACGACGGAAAACAAGCAACCGUCCGCCGUGGAUAAACCGGGAACUGCAAACAGCGUUUAAGAGGAGAAAUAAAGUGAAAAGACGCUAUCGACAAACAGAGAGUCCUGAACACCUGAAGGAAUACAAGCGACAGCGGAAUGUGUGUAAACUCGAGGUUAAUAUACUUCGAAGCAACUAUGAGCUAGACAUAUUACAAAAUUCCCUGAAGCAUCCUAAAAUCCUCUAUAUUUACAUACGUAAUUGACUAAGCAAUCACGACCCGAUUCCAGCGCUAAGAUCCCAAAACGGAGUAAUUGAGACAGAUGACCACCUGAAAGCAUCAGCCUUCUCCAAUUUCUUUCAGUUGGUUUUCAGUCAUGACACAAACCCUCCUGCCAUGCCUUACCUAGACCAACGACCAAAUUCUUCCAGUCCUGCAUUGGAAGACAAUAUUUCUUCUCACUCACGUUGAUAAAGACCGAACUACGUUGGCUGAAACUUGCCAAAAAACCUGGUCGAGAUGGAAUUCAUCCACUUGUCCUCCGAGAAUUAGCUCAUUUACUGUGUGAGCCGGUAUCCCUGAUAUUUCGGAAGUUCAUGGAGGACGGCGAACUCCCGGAGGAAUGGAAAACGGCCCAUAUUUCUCCAAUCUAUAAAGGAUGAUCCGGGCUGGAGCCCGAAAGUUACCGUCCUACUAGUUUAACCUGCAUUCUAUGCAAGGUAAUGGAGCGACUUAUUAAAGGGCAUUUAAUGUCGUAUCUGGAGCAGAGGGACCUGUUAUGUGCUGCUCAGCACGGAUUUCGUCGUGGUCACUCCUGCCUUACAAGCAGUCUUUACUCUCAGGAAAAAUGGACAAGAACCAUAGACCAGGGCUAUCCAGUGGACGUCAUCUUCUUUGACUUUAAGAAGGCGUUUGACUGCGUUCCUCAUGGUCGACUCCUACAGAAUAUUUGGGAGUGUGGAAUACCGAACAACACUUUUAAGUGGAUUAAAAGUUUCCUGUCAUGCAGGCUCCAAAAGUGAUCGUUGGAACCACUGCAUCCGAAUGGGUGCCAGUAAAAAUCGGCGUUCCGCAGCGCUCAUUCUUGGGUCCUCUCUUAUUCCUCAUUUAUAUAAAUUUCUGUCCUGCAGACCUUGAAUGCGCCGGCAUCAUGUUUGCAGAUGAUAUAAAGAUCUGGAAAACAGUCAGCUGCGUUGACGGCGCGCAGAAGCUACACGAAGAUGUUACUAAGCUAGCUGCGUGGUUAAGCAAGUGGCUUCUAGCGUUUAAUGUAUCCAAAUGUGUAGUCUUGCGACUAGAAUCUGGUCGGAGGCGCUUCCCAAAACAUCAGUACACCAUAAAUGGGGCUCCAUUAAAACAAGUGAACGCGCACAAAGACCUAGGUAUCUGGACAUGCUCAAACUUGCUGCCCUCUCAGCACUGCAAAGAGUCGUCCAAGAGGCAACCAGCAUCAUGCACUGGAUAAGGUGUGCCUUUAAAAUCUUUCCUCAAGAACUCUUCUCAUAGAUAUUCGACACGUUCGUCAGACCGCACUUGGAAUACGGAAUGUCAUCAUGGAUGCCCUGGAUGAUGAAACGCAGUGAUGCCAUUCAGCAGGUGCAACGACGGACCGCAAAACUAGUGGACGGUCUCAGGACUCUGUCAUACCCAGAAAGACUGAUCCAAUUAAAUUUGUUCCCCCUAUCAUAUAGACGAAUGAGGUACGACCUGUUAUGGAUAUUCCGCAUUAUCCACGGACAUGAAGUUCGCUCAAAACUAAACACUUCUUUGAGUUCACGACCACGAGUCACCUGCGCGGUCAUCCGUACAUAUGCAAGCGGGAGCGUACACGCAUCCGAUAAACGACGACUCUCAAAACAGGACUGUCUGCGGCCAGCCAUAGAUUUCAUUUCUUGAUUUCAUCUCUACUUAACACAUCCCAGACUUUAAAUGAAAUUUUCACUCAAACUAUGCAAAUGACUGCACUUUAUGCUGAUUGUAUAUAACUACACCUAAAAUUGCAUGUAUACACUGAAAAGACCGUCUGCCGCACUUUUUGCAGUCCCACACUGUGGAAACAUUUUCCGUGAACAAAUAUGUUACUGACAAAAUUUUAGUAAGGUGUGCAUUUAACAUUUAUAUUUUAUGUACCGUUUUCAAUAGGGUCAUCAAGCGCUUUGCCUAUUAACCUAAAAUACAAUAUUAAAACAACUAUUGCAAACAUAUGAUGGCCAACUUUUACAUAAAUGUGCAAUUUCAUUAUAAAGUAGUCUUCCCCUUUCAUUUACCUGAAUACCAUUUGAAAUUUUAGACAUAAUAUGCUUGUUUUACCAUAUUCGAACCAAUAAUUUAACAUGUACAAUUAGCUCAUAACAAAAUGCCAGUGUGCUCGAAGGCGUACAUGCGACGAAGUAUACGCAAAAAGGAAAAAAUCUGUGCCAAAGGUACACGAGGAUUGGGUAGCCUUUAUUGGCCUAAUACGUGCGAAAAAAAACAGGAAGCGCCUUCAUGUUAUACGAAUGUUCCUUUUCUCCAGUCACAACAGUGUUCUUUGCAAUGCGUUCCCCAAGAUUUCGGAGGAUAAAUUUAUCUGGAUAUUCAUUCUCAAAAAUGUGUUCCGCUGCUAUUGUAGCUCUGCUUAAAUAGCUUCAGGUGAGCAAAUGCGCCUCACUCUAGCUGCCAAUCCCUGGACUAGAUUUCGUUUGAUGUUGAGGGGUACAAAACUGUGGAAAUUAAUGUAUUGUCCCGUCCAGGUUUUCUUUCGUAACACCCUACGCAAAAAGGCAAAAAUCUGUGUCAAAAGUCCACGAGGAUUGGGUAGGCUUGAUUGGCUUAAUACAUGAAAAAACAGGAAGCGCCUUCAUGUUAUACGAAUGUUUCUUUUCUCCAGUCACAACAGUGUGCUUUGCAAUGCGUUUCCAAGAUUUCGGAGGAUAAAUCUAUCUGGAUAUUCGUUCUCGCGAAGUGUGUUCCGAAGCUAUUGUAGCUCUGCUUUAAUAGCUUCAGGUGAGCAAAUUCGCCUCACUCUAGCUGCCAAUGCCUGGACUAGAUUUCGUUUGAGGUUGAGGGAUACAAAACUGUAGAAAUUAAUGUAUUGUCCGUCUCCAGGUUUUCUUUCGGAACACCCUGCGCUGGAUGGACCCAUCCUCCUGCCUGUGUAGAAGGACAUCGAGAGGAGCAGCUGCGCUCCAACGGCUGCGGAACACACUUCACGAGAACGUAUAUUCAGAUAGAUUUAUCCUUCGAAAUAUUGGGGUACGCAUUACAAAGCCCACUGUUGCGACUGCAGAAAAGAAAAGUGUAUUUAUGAAACUACCUUUUGCAGGGGACGCAGCGAGCGAACUAGUCAGACGGCGCUGUCACGAGAGCAUUUCCCGCGACGAAUAUACGCGUAUGUUUCACAAACUCUCCCCUCCUACGUUUGAGAAGUAAUGACAGACUACCGUUUGAGGCCACAUGAAUGUGCAUUAACUAAUUCACUUGCUCCUGUGGAGCGGGAUACUUCGGCCGUACAACGAGACGCCUGCUAAAGAGGGUGCAUGGACAUAUGCCCGUUUGGUGAUACCCGAUCGGUUUCGAGGUCUAUUCUCGCACACUUAAUCGAUACGGAUCACUGAAUCGAUGCCAAGGAAGCAUUUCAGGUUAUCUAUCGGACACCAACAAGCUUUUCUAAAGGCCGACGCCAACGGAUACUAGCAACGGCUGAGGCAGUGGCCAUGCCGCUAGCGAACUUAAACUUCGAUGACAACUUCACGUGAUGUCGACAUGCCGCCUCAAAUCCCUGAUUACAGUGAUGGGUACUGCAAAUACUCAAUCCAAGAACAUUACGCAAAGACUCGCUUACCUCUCCCCCUAGCUCUAAGAGCCAAAUCCCGCCGUCAUGCGCUGGGCGUGGGAAGAUCACUAUUAGUGACUUAAUUGCCCUUGAGACACUUAUAAACUCUGUUAAUUUUGUAUAUUUUCAUUCCUUCAUGUAAUUGUAUUGGCCUAACGAAGAGUUUUCAAAAACACGUGUUUGCCGAUUUGACCUUUCAAGUGUUGCAUGGGAAUAUUUGCGGAACUUAUACGAAUGUGUGCCAGAACAAAUACCGUCUCAUGAAAUGGACUCUUGGCUUCAACUUUAGGAGAGGAAGGUAUUUGUCGGUAAUAACCUCAUACGCAUGAGGAACAAAUUAUACCCACCGGUAAUUCGUCCGCAUAACAUGGAGCAUUUGUUAUGUAUGCAAACGAGAAGGUUAGUUAUAGAGAGGACAUGAACUGUAUACGGGAGACCGCACAAGGAGGGAGCCUUGUGGAAACUAGUGGAUAUAUCGCAGGGGAAUAUCAAAGGCUGAAUGGUGGUCAAAUAGCAAAAAGAAAGUGUGAACAAGGAUGCAUGACUUUCACCGUUCGAGAUGGAUAAAAGGAAACAGUUAAUAAAAUAUUGACGAGUUGAACAAUUUUCUAAAAGUAUCCGUCCUGGACGCGUUGGACGGGUUUGCGGAUUCGGAUCGAUCGUUUUAGGUCGGUAUUUUCGACCUCCGCUCCGCUCUUAAGAGUCAGUGGAUUCGCUACCCCUAAUUUAGUGCAGCUCGGGGUAGUGGAAGGAGAUGGAACAUACGGUUGAAAUUGUGCUGCGUGCAGGCAGUAGAUGUUCAGUCCUUGGGAUGCCAGGAUCUAUAUCGAGGGUUGCUGGCGGUUCGAACUGCCCGAAUUCUCCACUUACCUUGCCGGUUCGGCUGUGAAAUUGGGCCAGAUAUUAGCACACAAUUCUCCCAUCCGCUAACGCUAAUUUUACCUUUUGCUGCUAGUUACUUCGAACUACCACUGAACACCAGCUCGUCUCGUGUUCUAGUCGCGCGUAUACACUUUCAGUAGGCACACCUACUCCUGGUCAGGUGUACACAUCAUUUCAGGCCUUCAUCUUUGUCGGUUUUCCGAUGCCUCUAUCCUGCAUCGUGUGCGCAACUGCCGCUUAAGUACCAAUUUUUGCAUAAAUAUACGAUUUCCGUUCGCCCACAACGCCUGGUCAUUACGUAUGUUCUUAAGGUCCCUGGUGCCUAUUCAAAAGUGACCCCAAACUUUGGGAACACAAAAAGCCUCCAUCAGGCAAGAUGGAUUAAUGUGUCAUCAUGGUAAAUCAUGUUUCCGCUUUGAUUUAAAGGCAUAUUCGUUGACAUUGUAGACUUUAGGCUCUUGUCAUUCUAUGUGCAACGAAUAAUUUAAACUGUGUGUUUAGCUCUCAACAACAUACUAGUAUGCUCAAGGACGUACAGUAGGGGAACUAGCUCAUGAAAUGCACAUCGAAAUUCCGCAAUGCGUUUUAGUUUCGAAAUGAUUGAUUAUGUACGGUCGUAAACCUAAUUGUCACAUAGCAUAAUUAUGUAAUAUUUCAGUUACCUCGGGAUGCCGGCAUUCGAAUGAACUUCCUUCCGGCUGCAGGCAAAAACUAUGCUCUGAAAAAAAUAACUACCUAUGUAGCAUGAAUUUUUCUUAAUGAUUUUAAAUGCCCCUAAAACUCCAAUUAUAUUUCAUGGAAAACAUACAGAAAUAUAUUCGUUCUUUUAAUCCUUUCGGACAAACUUACUUCUUUUUCCGAAUUUAUACUUAAAGGAAGGGUAUAAUUCGGUUUCAGUAUUGGAGGGAAAGAUAUGUGAUGCUACUAGGCACAUUCCGAGGAGGAAGAUGGUAAACACUUUGGACAUUCCCCUGCCUAACGUUUAUAAUUAAAGCUUACAAAGUUUAUAGCGAAUCGCUCAGGUGGGUAAAUGAUGUAUCUGAGCAUGAUUUGAUUAUAUCUUCCAGAUACUAUCCUCAAAAGACAUGUAUUUUCAGACAUUCAGCAUCAAUUUCAGUGAAUUUCAGGAAAAGUAAGUGUGUACCUCUGAAAUCCGUAUCGGUUAUAUGCAGAGGAAGUAUAUGGAGAAAAUGGAAAGGAAGCAACAUGAAGAAAUACAAGUGGAUUAACAAAAACUGAACAGAUGAACACAUAAUGUCAUGCGUUAACAUAAUGUAGUGGGAUAUGGUCUCGGUUUGUUGAUUAAAUAUAACACGCAGUUGAAGCACACCCAACAUGCAGGAAAAAAAUAUUUUUUUUAGUCUACAGGCAUCGCGGUGAAUGCGAGCAGAGGUGUGCGAGUGGUCCAAAAUUAAUACAUUACAUAAGUAUAUGCUACUUGAAUAUUGGUAGUAGCAUCGCUAUAACACUAAAUUUUCAGCGUUGGUUAUCAAGGUGGCCGUCGCCCGGCUUUAUUGUGGUGCGCGCUCAAAUGUUGCUCUAGCCUCCGUUUAAAAAUAUCUACGGAUCCUAACAUAACUACAUCUUCAGACAAGGCACUCCAAGCUGCAACCACUCUGUUCGAGAAGAACUUUCGUGUGUCUAGCCGGUCACCAGUCACAAGCAGUUUAAGUGGAUGGCCUCUCGAGUUAGUCGUAGUCGCCAGCUCGAAAAAGUCUCCAGAUGCGAGGCAGCAGCCCUGAUUGCGCAAGAUGCAGAAAACUUGUAUGAGGUCCCCAUUUUGUUGUCUGUAACUCAAAGGAAAGAGGCCAAGAUUAGUUAAUCGUGCCCAGGUAAAAGUUUUGUUGCUCGCCGUUGAACGUUUUCGAGUAUGCUGAGGUCUUUAGCCGUCCAGGGUCUUUAUGCUUGGAUAACAAACUCCAGAUGUGGUCGAACGAAAGUUUUAAAGGCCUUGGCGUAGCAGUCUUCAUGGAAGCAGGAGAACGCCCGUUUGACGAGGUAUAGAAUGGACAUCGCCGACUUGGCCGCCUUUGGGCAUUGCAGCGAAGCCUUAAGCAAGGUUGUGAUCCAUACACCCAAGUCCUUCUGGGCGUUGACUUCUUCCGGUGGUUUGCCAGUCAGACGGUAGACCGUACGGUUAGGAGAACUGGUUCUGCCGACGCGUAGAAAGUUACAUGUGUUUACGUUGAACGGUAGAAGUCAGUCUUUCGACUAUUGCUCGAGGUGGUCCAGAUUUGUCUGCAGUCGCUCCUCGUCAACAUCGCUUCCUAUCGUAAUUUAGAUCUUUAUGUCAUCAGCAAACAUUGCGACAUCGCAAUCCAGUUGACGUAUGCAAGGAACAGUGUAGGACCAAGAACAGAGCUUUGGGGAACAACACUCCUAACGGCAACCUCGGCAGAUUGCUGGUCACUGACGUAGACGGCAUGAGAGCGGUCGAGUAAAAAACUUCAGAUGGACAUCAGAAGCUUACCUCGCACUCCUGCACGGGUGAGUUUGUAUAGAAGGCGGUGGUGAGGCAUACUGUCGAAGGCCUUUUCAAAGUCGACAUGGAUGGCAUGCACCAUAUCUCUUCUAUCAUCAGCCCCAUUCCAGUGUUCCAGACAGUAGAGCAAGUUGGUUACUCAGAAGCUGCUUUUGCGGAAUCCAUGCUGAAAGUCGGAAAACAGAGGGUUUUGUUCAAGGACCUGCAUUAAUUGUUGCUUUAUUAUCUUCUCCAUAAUCUUACAGCAAAUGGAGGUGAGGCUGACAGAUCUGUAAUUGCUCGCAUAGACCCGACUUUCGCCCUUGUACAACGGCGUAAUCCACUCCGACUUCCAGUCGGGUGGCAGAUAUUCGGUCUCGAAGGAUGUAUGGAAAAGCAUGGUGAGCAGCCUAGCCAAUUCACCGGCGAGUUCUUUCAAACUCUUCGCCGGAAUCUCAUCGAGACCUGGUGAAUUGUAUUCCUUUAGCCUAAGUUUUGAGGGUAAGUACCUUGACCUGGUUUCUUUGAAUUUUGUACACGCAUAUAGAUGUGGGACUCUUGUCAGAAAGCGAUUUCUUCCACAGCCUUCGUUUUUUAUUCACUUCAUUCUUCAAAGCUUGCGUAAGCCAUCGAGGUCUGUUAGUUAACCUCUUUCGUGAAAGCGGACAGUGAUUUGCGAUCAGCUCGUGCAGAAAUUCUCGGAACCGUUGCAAAUCUUCGAGUAUGCUUGUGGCAGCCAGCCAUGAUGACCGGUCUGACGUCAUUGUUCAAGACCUCGCAGCCUCUAGGUCCUUCAUCCCUUGCAACGAGCCGUCCCAUACGGGCUGAUCUGAAGUCACUCGACCAACAGUUCGGGCAUGCCUGCGUCCGCGCAGUCGCAGCUGCCCAUGCGGCUACUUGAGCGCGCCACCCCCUGCAACGAACAGAACAAGCCACUGGGACACCACCCCUCGGCAAAUGCAACACACACUGACUGGACACCACUUGAGCUUGGCCCACGAGCCUACAACAGCGGCCGCCACCACUAUCUCAGGGACUCUCGGGGCUGAGUGGACGCAGUCAACACCAGCCCUGGCUUCGCCAGUGGCCACUGACGCCUGGGAGGACAACUCCGGGUUCUGCGCACAAUAAAUUCUCAAACAGUUUCCUUCUGUCUCCUCCUUACUACUUGGGAUUCGACAUGGUAGUUGUAGCGAUCAGAGCACUUACUCACACUGCUUAGUCGCUACAUGCUUCUAGCGAAUAAGCACUCCCACUCAAUGAGUGAAAUUUCAACCCUCACUUGGUCGAAAUCCCCGCGCCAAAGGUGUGUUCUAACUGUCACGGGUUUCUUGUGCAUGACAGAAAGCGAGAAAUCCCAAAAAAGAACGACGUGGUCACUUUUACCUAGGGAGGGUAGUCAUGACACCUCAUCAAUGCUAUCAUGUGACUUCGUAAGUACAAGAUCAAGACAGUUGGCUUGUUGGCCUUCGCGUACUCUAGUUGGUAACAUGACGUGUUGAGUGAGAAAUAACUUCAGUGUCGUGUUCAGAAAACUCCUAUCGAAGGUCUGUUCUGAGCUAUUUGCAUGGGUCGAGCUGCAUUCAAUAUGAGGCGCGUUUAAGUCGCCCAUGAUCAGGAUAUCCGGCCGCGUAGCGAACUUCUCGAGCUCCUCCAGCAGGCGAGCGUCGGCCAUGUUGUCCCGUCUCGGCGGUCGAUAAACUGUCAAGACAUCGAGGCUAGGCGACCUCGGCACUUUAAUAGACAGCCAGAUUGCCUCAGAACUGCACGAAAAGUUAUCGGUCUUGUGUGGUACAUUUAUCCUAUAUUUCACGUACGUGAUUACGCCUCCUCCCUGAUGCCCUUUCGUACCCCUUCCAAACAUCUGAUAGCCAGGCAACGCCAACUCAAGUCAUACACGUGUUGGGUCAACCUGGUUUCUGUUAGAGAGAUUACGUCAGGGGAUAGGUCACAGAGGUGGAUCUUCAGCUCGUCGAACUUUGAUAACAAAUUCUGUACGUUGGUGUACAAGAAUUUCAAUUUCCGACUGACGGAAGAUGUGGUUACAUUUGGCUUAGCGCCUUCACUUAAUAUUUCGGCUGAGUGGUCAGUCGGACCGGACCUGUCCAAAGGAAGAUUGAAGGAUGCCGCCGUACUUGGUCGUUGUAUAUAAAUAAAUUGUUCUUCCCCUCGCUGAGCCUUUUUCUUAGUUCUAGAACUAGCUGACGACGUUUGAGCCAUUCGGCUGGCGAGUAGUCCAGAUAAAAAAAACCUGGGUUGGAGCUUUUAAUUCUGAAUCGCCUGGAGUGGAUAAGACUGGCUUGGUCGCUGCCGGCCAGCGCAACUCUAAGAGGCCGGGGACGAAUCGACACUGAUGGAUUAUCCGCUCGUUUUCCAAGGCGGAUGGCUUUGAUCACUUCAAUAGCCUCCGUGGGUUCUAAAAUAUUAUUGAGAAGACCAUGAAAGAGUGAUAGGUCUUUCAAAGCCGCUCCAUAGGAGUGUUUUGACUUGAUUCGGGGAGCCCCUGAAUAAUAAAACAUUUUUCUCUGUCAGUUUUUUUGUUUUCUACGGAAGUAUGGUUCCCUUAAGGACGUAACUCUCUGGGUUACUCGUCCAGUAUACAUAUUGGUAGCGUUGGCUUGGUCUAGAUUGCAUCGCAACUGGGCUUCCAUCUUUGUGAUUUCUUUCUCAAGAUAGUUAACCUUGACGGCUAGAAUCUGGCAUCCACUGUAACAUUGGCCUGAAUUUUCGGCGUCUAUACAGUCAAGGAGACUAUGUGAUAUAGCUCGUCGCCAAGCUGCGGUGGCCGAGGGGGUAAGCGCAGUUGACUAAGGAAGGGGUGAUAGCUAGAUCGACUCCACACUCCGGCACUAAUCUUUGGAUGUCAGUGCGUACUUCAGUCAUGCCGUGAAAUUAUGGAAAAGGAACAAGCCACAGCAAUCGAAGCAACAACGUCGCCUGGGGCCAAAUAGAGAAGACUGUGCGUAUGGUUGGGUUUAUCGGAGAAUUUCAAGAAUGCAAGGCCUGGAGGACGGCUUAGAUAAAAAGUUUUGGUAAUAUACCAAGUGGACAAAUCUAAGCAGCUCAACAAGCAAUGUAGCCCUUAUGCAGCCCCUUGUGCAACAACCACCCGUUUCUGCUUUUUUGUCUCUGAUGAUGGAUUCGAGUUGGAAUGCGAAACGUCAGGCUAAUAAAGCUCUUGUCCCGGCGAUCGUGUCUCCUUCUUCAAGUGUAGAAAUUAUCGACUCAGCCUUUAGUUUGUCAUGUUCCAAAGGUACGGUGGACAGUUCGAGACGAUAUGAAGGAUUCGUAGGCUGUGUUGUCUAGGCUCAGAUUGCCAGUAGAAUCGCCAGGUUUGCAGAAAAUUGUCCAAGUCGUACGAUAAGGGCAAAAAUGACAGCAAGGUUGAGGGCAGUAGACAACAAUGCGUUUUGGAAUCCAGUUUCUGAUGCAGAAUCAACUGUUCCCAGUGAGGAACUCGAUUAACAAUGUCCUUCUGGAUCCUCAAAAUUCAAACCGCGCGCGAGGUAUUUGUUUUCAAAAAAACAUUUCUCAAAACACUCUAUUGUUUCUUUCAGCGUAACAUGAAGAAAUCCAAUCCUUCCUCCGCCGCUCUUCAGAAACUUGUAUAAUUGCAACAGACAGUUUGGUCGACCUAUGUGAAUUCACGAAGAUUAUUCAUCUUCGCGAAAUAUACCGAAUUAGCUCAUUCAUAUAAAUCUUCUUAGACCGAGCAUUGUAUUUAUCUACGCCGAUCAACCAGUCAUCGGACGGCCACGAGCCAACUAUACCACAUUGACCGUCUAAUCAACUGCUUUUGGUCGCGAGCACGUGGGCCUAGGCUGCCAAUUAUUACCGCGUUAAGAUUCCGCCUUAUCAAACGCGGUUAAUUUCAGGAGCAAACCCGAGAUUUCGCAGUAUGCCGCCGAGAUAAUGCAAAUCCUAUAUUUGUGAAGAAGACUCCAAUAAUAUGGAAAAAAAUCCGAUACGACGAUCUCAUCCAGAAUGAGUCUUACUCAUUUAAGUUCGCUGCAUUUAUUGUCGGGUAAAGGACAUUUACGAAAGUACUAUGUAACUCACAUGCUACCUGAACACAAACGUGUUUUUAUUCUAGCUCCCUGCUUGCAGGGAGAGCAUGUGCGUUCCCCAUCAGCAACUUCAAUCCGAGGAGGGAAAAUGAAUGCGAUGCCGUAAAGCAGAUAAUGACGUAAGUUCGUAAAACAGGAAUUAAGGAAUGUUUGAGACUUGGUUCCGUCAGAGCAUGUUCACUAACAGACGUACCAACAGACUCCAUGGGUGAAGCUGGGGAAUUGUAUUGGGGCCUCCAUUUUCCAGCCAAGAACACACAUGAACAUUUAGCCGUUAGGUAUCCGUCACGACAACCAUCAGGAUUGUGCGUCCUGCUACGAAAGAACAGGGUCAGACUCUGAAGUCUUUCCAAUUAGUAGCUGAAAUAUCCACCGACAGUAAACAUUGACCCACUAAAACUCCAUAGACCUUAGAUGACUGAGCGAACCCCUGUGCGUUAGUCAGGUUUUUUCCUUGCUCGAAUCGCCUGAUUGGCGGCAUAUGCCAUCCUGCAGAUAACAGUCACUUGUUAUCUCUGCUCUUAACAGCAGCAUCCGUCAACUAUGGCAUGCAUGUCGUCUCAUGGAAUGCUGUCUGAAAUUCCAGACUGUGUUUUCAAUUUUAAAAUAUCGCUUUAGUGGGAUUGCCAUAUUAAUAGCAUGCUGCAGUAUGGUAAGGUAUUUCAGUGAAGUCGAGAAAAGGUCUGUUGAAUGACCUUUUUUACCUAGUGCUUGUAUAAGCUCUAUUGUCUAAAACAUUGCGGAAAAUGCAUGUUUUGCCAUCGAUGUUUUGCACCCUAAUAAAUUCAAGUAUACUUUUUGGAAAUCCUCAUGACAAAAUUCGUUUUUUUUUCUGCUUUUAAGUGGAAAGGUCGCAGUCUUCAAGUACUAUGCGUGAAAACGAAUUGUCGUUUGGUUUAAAACACGUUCUGAAUGUCGAUACACCUUCAGUCACAUAUUCCGAGUCGCAAGCUGUAGACUUUUAAUGCGAGGAAAAUCGGACAUUUUAAACUCUGCGGAGAAAAGUGUCUUCAGAAAAAAAUUGAGUUAUUCUCGUGAAUUUUUGAGUUGGUGACGCCAACCCGUCGUCAGACGAAAUAAACGGUGAAGAAAGUGAAAUGAGCAAAAACAUGGUUGACGUGACAGGGCAGCCACUGACAGGCAAGCAAAUAAUGUACGAAAUGCCGGUGGACACAUAAUUAGGCUAGGAUCCGUGGAGGGAGGGGAGAGGGAACUGUUGCGGCUUUCUGUGUUGGAGGGUAGGGUGGAUGAUGAUACAAUGGGACUACGGACAGUGGAAUUAAUGUUCGUCUAUCCGGCAUGCUGGCAGAGGUCAGUGAGCCAUCGUAGAUGUGUUAAGGAUUGCAGUUGCGGUUCGCUUUGUCUGGGGGGUGACGAAAUUGUCCGAUUAUACAUGGUCCAGUGUGGUUUAGCGGCUGUUGUUAGGUCGUGGACGCAAGUCAGUGAGUCGGGCUCGCAGAGCUUUUUAAUGAGUGUCCAGAUCGACAUGGCGAUUGAUGCCAGGCCUCGAGGAAUUCUUGGGCCUUUUUGGUGUUUUCCGUGGCAACAACUUCAGUUCCUUCCCAGUUGAAGCGGUGGCCGCAUUCACGGGCGUGCGCAAACACGAUAGACAAAGGUUCACAUCGUCGGAUGGCUAAUUUUUGUUCGUUUAUACUCGACCCGAGUCGUCGGCCUGUAUGACCUAUAUAGCCGCAAGAGUUGUUGGCACCCGCAUUGCGGUAGAUAACAUUGGUCUGCUGCUCUUUGGGUAAAGGGUCUUUUCCUCGAGAUAGCGUUGCGCUUAUGACAUACGGCUUAUGAGAUUUUGUAAUUAACCAUGUCGGCCACCUUAUGUAUGCGUAGACUAUAGGACCUGAUGCGGUGUUUUGUUAUUACAUAAUUCACGACCAACAAAAUCAUCAUGACAAGAAACUUCUUUUAAGCCGAAAGACACCCUUCCUUUGAGUAGGAAGCCUUUGGAAUACGUCAUGUUUAUCAACUGAGUAAAUAUAAUACAUUUUGGACGUUUUCAUAAAAAUGCAACUGUAUUUAUAAAUGGCUAAAUACCAUGGUAGAAGGUAGUCACUUUUACAAAAAGUACUAUUUUCAAGUCGUCAAUGAGGGACUGGUUUGAAGCAGGAAUCAGGGCAUGACUGGACUAUAGUGAUGAUAGGCGACACGUUAAUUAAUUUGGCAACCCAACCUAAGUAAUAUUUUUCGAAUUGAAGGCGCCGUUCAAAGUUUUGUUAAACAUUUAACGAGAUAACACGUCUUCUGCAGAAUACGAUAUCAAAGGGGACAUAUCCGUCCAACAGCUUAUCUAAUGAAAUUAUUCUCUGAAUUCACGCUUAUAGGGUGAAAUUGUGAUGUACUCCAGGCAUUUAAGGACGUCAGGUCUUUGGGUAGCACCCGAGCCAACUUUCCUCUUGUCCACUUCGCAGUGCGAAAUAUUCUGGAAGUAGGAAUCAAUUUUUGAUAAUAUAUUCAAGGCUGGCCAUCUUAUCAAUAUAAGGAGAACAAGCCAUAUGAUGAUACUUAUUAGCAAGAUUAUGUCCCAAUAUGAGCGAUUAUUGGUCAGGGUAGAAGGAAAACUUUCAUGAGUGUCGUGCACAAUAGCAGAAGCAAUCUAACCUCCGGUGGUUUUUUUUGUUACAUUUUUCCUGCUUCCGUUUUAAUAAACCGGGGUUAGUCUACUGAGUUUGUUUUCUAGGUGCUCACUGCUUGCAGGUUACCUAUUUCAUGUAGAGAUGUCUUCAAUUAUUCACAUACGAUAGGUUGAUAUUUGAUCAAUAUCCAAUUUACUCGUGAUUACGCUUACACUAGUGCCCUCUUAUUCGGUUUUUCUGUCAGCCUCGAUAACUGCUCAGACUAAAUUUUGCCGCGAAGGAAAACGGCGCUUAAAAUUCAAGCACAUGUUUGGCCAUUUGCACAUAUCGCCUUCAUAUUUUAUAUGAAAUUGUCUUAAUUAGACUUGAUAAAUUAGAAGAAGAAACACAAACAACACAAAGAAAACGAAGUAAGGGGCGUAUGUUGUGUUGUUGAGCCACGGUUGGUCCAUUUCUACAUCGUGCUAUUGCAAAUUUAGCACCUUGUUCUUUGGCGGCCAGGUUAGUUCAUUAAACUAAAGUAUCAAUCCUAGGGAUUGUUGGCAAACGAUUAUCUAAUUGUAAUGUCGUUGAAGGCCUAACGGAGUGUAAAACAGGAAAAUCUGUCCCCGACGUCUGUCAUUUAUAGAAAAAUAAGCAAUGCAGCAAAUGUUUUGAUCAAAAACAUAAAUCAACAGUAAGUCCUAACGCGUAAUCUUUCGUCUGUCUGCAUAGUGAUAGAGAGAGACACGAUUUGACGUUCAGAUUUAUUAUCAUAUUUACCAAUUCCCCGAGACGCCGAUCUAAAAAAAUUUGGUCUCAUAGUCCAAGUUGUAAUCCUUCCGUUUUUUCAAUAUCCCCACUCCCAGAUGUCAGGCAAAGAUAAGUUCAAUAUCCGAUCCAUGCUUCCCUAUGUAAGGUACGGUAGCUAGAUGAUGGCAAGUAUUUCGUAACUUUAAGCCGACAUAAAGAACCAGACAGCAUUUUAUGAAGCCCACACACCCGAUGAUUGUGAUUGUACAACUAAUGGUAGUCUACUGCAUGCCAUUGAAACUUUAGUAUGCAAACCGUGUCGGUGAACCGGGGAAGCGAUGACAUAACAAUAAAACGGUCGAAAUCCACAGCAAGACUUGAGAAAACGAAAGUGGUGGUCCAAAACAAGGAUAGGAUGACCAGGCUAAUACUGCAAAACUGACAAUCGACCUGAAUUCCGUAAUGUUCCGUAUACCUACAUUUCAUCUGUUAGUCGACUGGCUGCGUUCAAAUAAAGCACGGAGAAAAGAGAAAUACGCCAAUCAUAGCUGACAAUCGGUGCACGGGAAAAAUACAGGCGAAGUGAGGAAAUAGACAAGGCGCCAUUUUAGCAAGCCCUAGUGCAUAAAGUAGCCUGCUACUACUCCCAAACUGGUUUGGUGUAUAAUAACAGUACUGUACAUCGAACGUAGAAGACUCAGUCGUAGAAGCAAUAUGUUUAUGGACAUUCCUUUCCCGAGUCGUACUCGUGUCAGCAUCAGCGAUGGCCACAAGGGGGCGUGAUGGCUAUGCAAUAUCUGAACAGGACGCAGUUACCAUGCAACCAUGUCUGCUCUUUCUUUAAAAAGCUUACUAGAAUUCGCCACUUCAAAUCUAUCGGCCAACCGAACAUGUCAGAUACCUGAGGAGAUUUUUUCAUCAUUCCUCUGUUAAGAGGAAGCUGUAUUCGCACAGUCCAAAUCUUUCGUGCCUUAAAUUGAAUGAACUUCCGCGGACUAAACUGGGUAAAAAGAAGAGGUCCUGCCUUGCCAGGGGUGUUUUUCAGCUUUCAUAUAUCACAACAAGGGAAAUUGUAAUAUAAAAAAUGUUUUUCACAGCGAUCAGACAUUUUUGAGGCCUUCUGUGCAAAACAUUGUCAGGCAUCAAGUCACCCUGCCGCUUACGUAAGAUUGGCUCAGCAGACUUUCCUCAAACAUUUCGCGCCAUUGAUGCAGUUCACUGGAUCGAAAACAUCUACCGCUGACGCCAUUCGUCUGGUGUAACUUUAAUGUUCACCCGCUAUAUUUAGCACGCCUACCCAGCCAUUGCCAACCGAACAUAGCUGAUGACCGUUUGCGGUUAUUAGACAAACACCCGGACACCCGCUUCACAUUUAGAAGUAGUCUUGAAAAAGAUGUCGUAUGACUGAUCUAAACAGCACUGAGAAACCCUGACCGACGUCUACCAUAAGACUAUUUGAUCUCAACAUUCCAAAACCGCAGUGGUUGCAGCUUGACUAUCGAAUAUAUGUUCCACCGUGCACUUCAAGUGGCAUGUUGGCACAUUGGAGAUGCAGCCGCAUGUUAGUAAUAUCCCAAUCGCAGAGUGGCUCUAACAAACAAGAUAGUUAUUAGUUCUAAUUAGGACUAUAAUCGGUCUGCGCAAUCGUGUUGGCUAUCCCUAUGCUUGUGUGAUUUGGUCGAUUCUCUCCUGUUCAUCUCGUAUAAUCCAUAUCCUGCCCCUUCAAUAUAAGAUUAUCAGGCAAAGAGUAUGCAAGAAGGACUGUUUUAACAUCUUCCGCCCCUUGGAGGAAAAAACACCUACCAGUGUUUAUUACAGUGUUUUCGCAUUCUACGUUAAACUAUUAAAUAUAGGAUGGCCUAUCAAAUUCGUAAUGCACCGUGCCUUUUGGAGAUGCAACCGUGUCUUAUGCAUAUUCUAAUCACCAUGUGGCUAUCCCCAACAAUCUUUUGAUUUUCAGUUUAGAUAAAACGCGCUCUAGACGAUCGUCAGCUUUAGUAAACUCUGUCUCAAAUUAAGGAAAGUAUGCGUGAGAACAUAUAAAUGCUGCUAUUCUAGAUCACAUUCGCGGAUUAUGAUGAGGCAAACGGCAUUCACCAAAUUCACUUUCUUUGAUAUUCAGCAUUAAAAUGUCGCCAUAAUUUAGGCACAGCCUAAGCAUUUUGACCUUUUGUUAACCCAUUGUCACAUUUUUUACUGAACUACAGAUUGCUUCUUCGGUGAGAUGUGAUGGACACAAUACUAAACCGGGUUUGGAUUGGGGGUGAGGGUUAAGGGGUUUUGGUUAAGAAUACGAGUUAGGAGUAGGUGGGAAAGAUUGGGGUUCAGCUUACGAGUUAGGACAACUAUUGUUUAACCACUUAAAGUACAACCACGCACUCCUAAUAGCUUUUCUAUUGUAGACAAUUACUUGACCUCGUCGACUGUGCGUUUCCCGGCCUUACAUGUAAAACCCCUAUUACCACAGGUCCCGUCUUACAGAUGGCCGGGAAUUGUUUACUUCAGCUUGGACUAUAGAACCACAUCUGACCGUUUCUUCAUUCGCUUAUGUCUAAUGUUUCAUCAAAAGUAUGGUUUUCAAGACAGUGAGGUUUGGUUUUUAGAAAAAAUGCCUUUUCCACAAAGUACCGGCCGUCAUCAAAGCACCAUCGUUUAUAAAGCGAAAGACGCGGGAAGAAAUGGAAAAUCGAAAUGGAAGGAAUCAUGAGCGGAUUUAACAGAACCAAAAAUUUUCCUAAGGAAAAAAUGUACAGUUGUGAAAUAGAGUUGUGGCCUUAAUCAUGAACGUUGUCGCAAUUUGCGAAUAAUUGCUAAUGACGCACAAACAUACACCGAUUCAUUUACUUAAUAUCCAUCUUAAUUAAUAACGCCUUUGAUGGAAAAAGUUAAAAGAAAUCCAUUUAACCUGUUUGGAAUCUUUUAGAUCCUAAAUGGAGGAAAAUCACAAAAAACGGCAAAAAUGUUUGUAAAUGUGUAAAAGUCAAAUUUAUGCGUACGGAAUAUCUGUUCAUAUAAAACUGAAAAUCUGUUCGUGCAAAAAUCUUAGAAAAUAGGUGAUCGUAAACAGAACAACACCUUAAAAUGUUUAUUCGUGAAAUUUACAUUUAAAUAUGAUUUGAAAAUUAUUAUUUGUGAUAGGUUUCAAAAACAGAUUUUUGCAUAUUCUCCUUAGUAGGCCUGUCGUAAUGAUAAGCUCCUUCAUAAGGCACAUGUUGCGAAGUUGGUCAGUCACUAACAAAUUUACUUAUUAAUUACAGGCGCAACCGCAAACUUGCCGCUUUGUAUAUAUAACGAGACAUUGUGUUCACUGUAAUUAUUUCCGCGUUAGCUUUGUUCUGGGUUACGUUUCAUUUGUUAAAAAAUAAUGUGUGUCUUUUCCAAAAAACGCCAUCUGUCGCGUACUGAAGGUAAAACAUAAAAAGUACCGCUUACCUGCCUUCGAAAGGCGGCCGUGCACCAUACCAAACUAUCGCAAUAUUCGUCGCCUGAAGUAAUACAGUGAUCGACCUUGGGAUUUUGAUAAAUUUUUUACAAAACAUCCCGUCCAGCGCACCUGAACCCAUAAUAAGAAUUCUUGUUAUCGGAAUUUACCGAACGUAGUUAACAGAUGAUCUCACAUCAAACAAUUAUCAAUUGCAAACUGACCAAACUGUGAAAACCUCAACGCCUCGGUGGGAUUCGAACCCACGCGGUAAGAGGAAGGCUUUAGCGCAGCCGGCGGUCUAACCACCUGAGCUACGAGGCCCCGCCGGACAACGCGAGUUUAAUCACAUUUGUGUCAAGUUACCCGCCCAACCUACCGCAACGUCUGGAAUCCACCAAAUCUGAUACAGUAAGUUGACUGCCCAAGCAGGAUUUCCUAAGCAAUUCACCUAGAAUCCACCAGAUGUCUACCAGGCUCGCGUAAUUCAUUGAUAUUUUGGCAGAUUUUGAAUAAUUCAUAUUGACCCAACUGUGAAAAACUCGGCGCCUCGGUGGGAUUCGAACCCACGCAGUAAGGGGAAGGCUUUAGCGCAGCCGGCGGUCUAACCACCUGAGCUACGAGGCGCCGCCGGACAACGCGAGUUUAAUCACAUUUGUGUCAAGUUACCCGCCCAACCUACCGCAACGUCUGGAAUCCACCAAAUCUGAUACAGUAAGUUGACUGCCCAAGCAGGAUUUCCUAAGUAAUUCACCUAGAAUCCACCAGAUGACUACCAGGCUCGCGUAAUUUAUUGAUAUUUUGGCAGAUUUUGAAUAAUUCAUAUUGAACCAACUGUGACUGCUUGGGCAGUCAACUUACUGUAUCAGAUUUGGUGCAUUCCAGACGUAGCAAUAGGUUGGGCGGGUAACUUGACACAAAUGUGAUGAAACUCGCGUCGUCCGCCGGGCCUCGUAGCUCAGGUGGUUAGACCGUCGGCUGCGUUAAAUCCUUUCCCUUACUGCGUGCUUUCGAAUCCCACCGAUGCGCCGAGUUUUUCACAGUUGGGUCAAUAUGAAUUAUUCAAAAUCUGCCAAAAUAUCAAUGAAUUAUCAAUUUAUGUCCUAUCAAUAGGCCCUGGGUGUUAAACAAGAAAGUCAGUCAAAGGUGUUUGAUUCUGUCGAAUACCUAGGCAUAGCGGAGUCUUUCGUUUAAAUUUAGCUUCGUCAUCACCGUGAACAACACUGUGCAGACAGAGAAAGUAGGCUUAUGAAUGGUGUGUAAACUGCCAAUAGAAGCGAAGAGAGUAGGCCCAGUAAGUAGUCUUAAAGAAGCAGACACGAGGGCCGGGACAAGAGCUUUAUAAGCCUGACGUUUCGAAUUCCUGCUCGAACCCAGCCUCAGAGACAAAAGCAGAUACGAGUUGUUCAUACAUAAGGGGCUGCGGCUUUCAUGGGAUGCAGUCACCAUGCUACCGCAUACCUAUGAACAUUCACGGCUACCUCCUUCAUCCGGGAUCGUCGCACUUGGUGUGCUAAUUGUGUGAUGGCCGACAUUCGCGUCGUUAAUUGCUGCAAGUUUAAUCUCGUGCGUUGGAUGUUGGUGUAAUGAUUGCUCGACCAUCUGAUACACUGACCUGGUGCUGGGAAAAUUGUUCACUUGUGCGCUCCCAGCGUGGCAAAUUAAUCUGACUAGGCGAUGUCUCAUCACCGAGUAUGGAAUGGGAAGGUCAUUGCAAUUGUUAAUGGACUAGGGGACAGUAAACCAUGACUCAAGCAGCUUCCCGCUUACGCGGUUGUCAGCUGCUGUGAGACUUUUGGCCUUGUCGAAUUUGAAUUUGUGGCCGGAUCUCGUUGAAUGAGCCGCAACUUGAGAGCUAGCGUCAUUUCUACGCACCAUUGCAGCGUCCUUGCUCAUUCUCCUUUAGAGCUGUCUUCCGGUUUAUCCAACGUAGUCGCUUUGACCGCAACUGCAUCAGAUCCGAUAAACAAAUCCUGACGUUUCUAACCGUGGCUGCGGGUCAUUUGGUUUUAUUAACUGACGCCUGAUGGUUGCCUCCGGUUUGUGUGCAACUUCAACCCCAAGUGGUGCGAGACGGCGGCAGACAGCUCCCAAAAUGUUCUUGACAUACGGAAGCCCCUGCCAAGAUUUGGUGUCCGUGCGGUUAGGCCUUUCGUCCCUUUUGCGUAUGCACCGAUUGACAAAGUUGCGCCGGUAGCCUGUGAAUUUGAAUACCCGUCGAGAUAUUGCAGUUCGACAGUCUUGACUUUCGGCUCGCUGCAGUGCGUUUCGACAGACUGAUAGAGCGUCCUUACACAACUGCGUUUGUUGCGGAUUAGGUGGUUGCUGUUGAAGUCCAGUACUUGCAUCGUAUUUGUCUUUUUCCUGAACAUUUUAAUCUUUAUUCCACCACAAUCUCCGGUUUCUAGGAACCGGAAGAGAGCUCCAAACGAGAAUGACCGAAGACGCUGCAGUGGUGCAGCGAAAUGACGCCAGCUCUCAAGUUGCGGCUCAUUCGACGAGAUCCAGCCCCACAUUCAAAUUCGACGAGGCCGAAAUUCUCGCAAGAGGUGACCACCGCGUGAACCGGUAACUACUUGAGUCGUGGUUUACUAGCCUUCAGUCAAUUAACAGGUGCAAUGAUCUUCCUCUUCCAUACUCGGUGUCGAGACUUCGCCUACGCGGAGUAAUUAUCCACUCGGGGAGCGCACAUGUGAACACUUGUCCCAACACCAGGGUCGAUGCGUAAGAUUGUCGAGCCAUUAUCACACUAACAUCCAAUGCAGAUGAUGAAUUUGCAGCAAUUAACGACGUGAGUGUUGGCCUUCAAACAUUCAGGACACCGAGUGCAACGAUCCCGGAUGAAGCGGGGAGUCGUGAAUGUUCAUAGGUAUGUGGUAGCAUAGUGACUGCAUCCUAUAAAUGUCACAGCACCUUGCACAUGAAGCACCCGUAUCUGUUUUUGUCGCUGUUGAUGUGUUCGAGCAGGAAUCCGAAACGUCAGGCUAAUAAAGCUCUUGUCCCAGCGAUCGUGUCUCCUCCUCCAUGGUGUGUACACGUCAAUCUCUACAGAUGUAAAAUCCCCCCUAUUUAGUAAGCGUGACGUGUAUUUCACCGGCGUGUCUUAUUGAAUUGUUGCACUAACGCCGAGUCAGGGCAGUAAUGGCCCUGGUCUUUGAAGACUGACAUCUUCAAUAAACCUGGACCGUAUUUUGUCAAAAUUUAACUCAUUCGACAAUGACAUUUGAUCACAUUUCGGUUUAUUGUGGUAAUGCCGCGCACAUUGCGUGGUCACACGACGUCCGCUCUGACCUACAGAUUACCAGGCGCAGAGAGUUCAUUCAUUGCCUGCAACUUGGAUUGUUUCCGGCGGCAUUUGAAAAGAGGCAUUAUGUCCUUGGUGUUACUUUGCAGAGCAUGCAUCUGCUAACCCAAUCAUAUGCAACAUGGGAGACCUCUCACAAGGAAUCUAGAAUCAAGCAUCAUUUUUUAUCGAGGCAUUUUUGUAUAUUUGCCAUGGUCAUGACAAGCUCUCUGUGGAGCAUUUUCGACAUCACAUUCACGUUGUAAUCAACAAAAAGUACACUCCUUGUGCACCUGCUGAACUUAUCUGUGAAUGUUUUUUUGACAGUUUCGAAUGAGAAUCAAAAAUGCCCGCUUUAUAUGUCGGUUAUAAAAAAAUUAAAAAUGCCUGCAGAUGAGUAAAGUAAGUUACAGCUAAAAAUGAUCAUUUAGACCAAAUCUGAAUAUUUUUUUUAAACGCAGGAGGCGCGUCUGUGAAAUUUGCUGCAAAACGUAUAUAAAUGUGCUUUUCCUACCUUAAGGCGGCAAAGUUUACGCUGUCCUUAAAUACAGUAGUUGCUUAAAGACAAACCGUACUUAACGCUGGGAUUACAGUGACGUUUUAUGUUUUACACAGGAUGAUAUGAAGUGCGGUUGAAACCAUAUUAGGAACUGUAAUACUAGCACCAACUGGAAGACCUACUUGGUGUAGUCCAUCUUGCACAUCACACAUGGACAAUGAAGGCGGCGCCAACUUUACCAGUCUCUUUUUCUAUCGAAUGAGCCAUUCUACUAUAUCAGUAGCAUUGAUUGAGACCAAACAAUUUGACUGACAAGCAAUGAGUGUACUGAUGGAUUACAUGUUAACCAAAACUCGAAAAUGUUUCUCGACUAGAACAAAAUGGCCAUGAGUAGAUCUGUAAAAUUAAUUAGCAUUCAGCAGGGUUGCAAGCUUUUUCUGUCAAACUACACUUUUAUAAACGGAUUUUUGUAGCAAUAUGUGAUAUCAGUUUGACUGCUGAUGUCCUCUAAAUGCUAAUAGUAUUCAUAAAAAUGUUCAAAAAUACAUCUUCUCUGAAACUUGUUUAUUUAAAACCCCCUCUUCUUUCCUUUUCCAAUGAAGACACAUGGCUCUUUGCCUUAAAAAGCAUUUCCAUUUUCCGAAUACUCUUUUGUCCUACUUACAUUUACGCAUGCAUCCUAGGCUUCCAAAUGCGGGCUGCAUAAAUUCCCAAAACGGAAAAUCAUUGGUCUCUGCACUCAUAAAUAGUUGGCGUCGGCUGCACUAUAUUUGUUGUAAACUGUAUUAUAAGAUGUUUUGAUGCUAUGCUGUAUAAAUAAACGUUUCAGAGAUUUAAAAAUCUCAUGAUAAAGAACCGUUUUGAAAGCAAACGACUCUUUCUUUUCAAGCAGAAAAUCUGGAAGUGAUGUAAUGUGCUGAUGAUUGCGAAAAAAGGAAUAUUUUUGUGCGCAUUUCCUGUAUAUAAUUACAUGAAUUCCAAGGUUACUUGAAAUCAAUGGUAUAAAUUCACACGAAGUGCAGAUUUGCACACAAUCUGAAAAUAACUUCAUUUGAAAUCCGGCAUUCUGGAAUUUUCGAGAUGCCUCUCAUCGCACUAUGUCUUGAUCCGACAAAAAUAAGACACAAUUAAGAUAGCGUCGAUUAUUCCCAUAGGGAUUUCCUGGCGAACUUUAUAGAUUAAACACGAGUACGACCUGCCGAAGGGAUCAAAUGAUAAGAAAUCACGUAAGUCAUUGGUGCGAAAACCCGCUCGCAUAAUGCAUACGCAUCGAAUUUUCGAGUUUGACUACCAUCAAAUUGCGAACUGCUUUGACGCAUACGAAAAGCAAAUCUCGAGGCUUAAUGUCCAAUUUAACAUCGGGCAACACUUAAAUAAACUUGAAUGUGGCGUCAAUGUUUCUGAUAUGCAGGCCAAGGAUUAAGACCUUGCUUAUACCAGUUAGAAACGCACUAGACUAAUGGCUUUGAUGUCAGUACGUCGGUUGAGCCAUUCCUUAAACGCAGACCGUUCCCACGUUUGAUCUAUCAGCGCGUUAUGCUGGAAACGAAAGAGCAGCCGGAGGUUCGGUCAUUGUGAGGAUCGAUGUCGCUUGUACACUCCAUGCAUGAAGAGCGCAUGUGUGUUCCGAGCAACACAGGGUUAGGCAACAUAUGCCCUCUCAUUCAUGGAUAUAUGUUUAUCAGUAUCUUGCAAGUUGCUUUGUAAAAGGUAGUACCUUUUAGUGAUAAUAUUCGAAGAACCAAAUCUUAACAUAUUGGCUUUUAUGUCACGUCCAUCAUGAGUAAAGAAAGUGGGGGAGUGCAGAAUUCUCCAGAAAGGCAACAACAUAACAGUUGAUAAUAACUAUGAAACGCGUUAAUUGUUCACGGCCCGCUUACGAGUAAGUUCUUGCAUCACAAAACGUAAAGUAUGAAUGUAUCUUGAGUUGCCAUGGACGAUCCGCUUGUCCAAUAUGAAACGCAGGCAUCAGAACUGGGGUCGGAAACUGACACAGUACAUUUUAACUGAUGUACUAUGCAUACACUGGGAACGGCUCACUGACAAUGAAACACUCUAAAAAAUCUGUUUUUGAGACAGAGAGGCAGAAGAAAACAACUAAUGAAAAAAGGAGAGCUGUUUAGCAGACUGUUUUUUUAAUCGACCUGUCAUAGUUUCUUGCAGUCCCUGUAUUACUUUUUUAGGUAGAGACAGCGUACUUACGCAAUUAGCAAACUGUCACAAUAACAAUAUGUGUAACCAAUAAACUUCCGGCGAAAACUAUGCACAGGCUAUAUAAACAGUGUAGAAUCGCCCAAAUACAGCCCAAAUCGGUAAAUGUGCACCAACAUGUCGAGUCUUCGCUGGUUGAUCCUGCUUCAAACGUUUACCCUUCUGGCUGCUCUAGCGCUUGGUAAGUUUUGCAAUUUCCUUGCAAUGUCCACCUGCGUUAAUUGCCGCAUCAUGUUUGGCUUUAACCUGAUAAACGCUUGUAAUUUUUUGUAGCGACGUGUUCGCGGCAUUUUGCGUUCAUGAUAGCUUAAACGAAAAUCCAAACACGCCAACCCACUCGAAGUGCACGACUAACCGGUGAUUUAAUUAUUUUUCUUUUAGCGAACGAAAAAGGAAUAGGAUUCUAUGACCUGUGCCAGGGGGAACAUACAAAUUGUUCAUUUGUGGCCUAUAGACUGGAAGAUAAAACCAAGGGCAACGGUUGCCGUGUUGCGUGUGGAAGGCAACGAGGUUCGCUAUUUCAUCUGUGCUCGCUCUUGUUAUAUCCAAUUUGGGCUAAAUCCUUUUAUAUUUAUUUAAAAACUCCCCUGCUCCCUAUCGUUGGUCCUACAAACAGCAACUUUUUUGGCGUUUUAGGGGAACUAAAUGAGACCAUGACAGUGUACUUCUGUGAGGAACGCAAUCAGACAUGCCAACCGUACGCAGUCUAUGGAAGAGAGGGAUAUGCCGGGAACUUUGAGCGGCACGUCAAGUGCGUGCAAACAUGCCACUUUGUCGGAAGAGGUAAAUUGCUACCUUGACACGCAGCCAUUUGUGUGAUUCCCUCCUGCUAGCACUUCAAACUCCUUGCAAAACUGCUGAGGAUGUCAUUGCAUUAGACUAAAUUCUUUUUUGAAAGCAGAUAAACGCAACGCAUCUACGCAAAGUAUUACUCAUUUUUAGCUGAACAUAGCUCCCACGAUGACUUCGAAAUAUGUUCCAACGAACUGGAGCCAUGCAGUACAAUAAGGAAGAUAAAUGGAUCAUUUGAUACCUUCAAUAAAUGCGCUUUUCAAUGCGAUGGCUGGCCAAAGCGUGAGCGUUAAUAGUUGUUUUAUGAUUGCUAGGAGCAAGUCGUUGUCAAGACUUUUUUCGUGUUAAGUAAUGUUUUUUUUCUUAAAGUGGAAAACAGCGUUGAGGACACAGUGUACUUCUGCCCUCGUGAGGGUCAUUGUGAGGAUGCAUCCUUCUUUAUCAAGCCAGGUACCACAAAUGGGUUCGAGCAACUGAUAACCUGCUUCAACAGUUGCAUGUCAGGUGAGAUCUUGCAUUUACCUUUCAAAAUUUUAAAUAAUGUGUAAAAUGACGAAAGUUGAAACGGCGAAGCUCAUAAAAUAGUGUUUUAUCUAAAUUACGACUAUAUACAAAUUGUAGAUGUUCCCGGCAUUUAAAUUCUGCUGUACAGUAAUAUCAAUCUGUUCAGUUGAUAGAAACUAUUGAUGAAGCAUUAGAGCACGCGAGACAAACCGCAUCGAUUCAAGUAACUGUCUUUUAUAUGUACACACUGAAACUAUCUAUAUCUCGGAAACAUUUGUGGCGUGGCUCACUAAGCUAUUGUAUGCAACGUAAGCUACUGACUCGUCAAAUGCUGAUGUGAUGUCUCCAUGUUGCUGCCUUCACGUCUUUAAUUGACGCAAACUUUGCUGACUUUGCUACUAUUUUGUAUACCAUAAAAAUUUUCUAUAUUGAAUAAGUAUUAACCGCUAAGCUUGAUUUUGCGCAAGUUUUCCCGAUCUGUUUUAAUUAAGGAGUGCAUUGGAUGUGGAAGACAGUACGAAAUGAUGGUAUGGUCACGCAUGCCUCAGGUAUCUUGCGUUUUGUUGGUAAGAACCUAAAGCACAGCCAUAGACAAACACGGUGAUUUAUGUCCGGAAAUCCUGCAGCUGUACGUCCACAUUGCGUUAUGUGAACGCCAUGCCCACCUGAAAUGCGAACAGACUUGCUCGGGGCGAAGGCUGACCACAUUAUUCUCUAAACCUAUCGUGUCUAAUUGUUUUAUUUAUCGGAUAAACAUCUAGCUUGACUAUAUGGUGGCGAAAUCUCCCUCGCAUAUUUCGCUUAAUAUUGAAGCACCUCUGGUAGCAUAUUCACAUUCACAGUUUUUGGUAAUUGAUAUUGAAUAAACCGCCUAAAAGCUAAUUAUUUUCUCAGCAAAAAUGCUGUCAGCAUUUGUAUUUCAACGCAAUUUCUAGCAUCUCAACCAGGCCAACCAAGUCGCCCGAUAUGUUUUUCUAGGUGAUUAUUGUAAGCCAGCAUGUAAUUGGCCAUUAGCGACCAAAAGAGCGUGAUUAUUUGAAGGGGAGUUAUUUAGUCUGGCGCGUAUGCGGAGAACGUCCAGUAUAAAAGUCUACAAACUGGUCAUUCUGAGGAAAGAAAGCAUGCGGCUAAUAACGGAUGGUCAGCAAUAUACUUCUGUAUAACUUAGAGAUAACAGACGACAAACAAGUACCCAAAAUUCGGCAGUCGAAUGUUGUAAGAUGCCUCCUCCAUUUUGCAUUUUGAAGGACUUGUGCCAACAGAAUUUACGGCGACGGCUCUUAAUUCGUCCGCCAUCCGUGUUACCUGGAAAAAACCCCGCCGGUCUGGUGAACUUAGCGACAAGUACGAACUUAUCCUACGCAACAGCACGCACGAGGAUGAAUUUACCCUACGUGUGACUGAGGACAUAAUUGCGGACCUUGAGCCUUCUACCACUUACAACUUGACAGUGCGAGCUUUCUGGAGCAAUAACACCCCAAUCGAUGCGGUCGCAUUCACAUCAGUGACAACGCAGCCACGUGGUAAGCUAACACUCAACUGUAUUAACUGCUCCAUGCUUCCACACCCACAAUAACGUUCACGAUGUGCGCGUCCUAAGUGUCUACUGCUGUAUCCUGUGCCCAAGAGGGGCAAGCGAUAAGUAUCCUCCCCGAUGUUCAUCGGUCUUUAAAGAGUUUUGCCGAUUUAAGCUUUCUCUAGAGAUGUGGGGUCUCAAAUUUGAUAAGCAUUUCUGUAAUGGUACGCUGAUAUUUCAAAAAAUGCAUGCGUUUAGUACACAAGCACCCGCUGCAGGCUUCAUGCAAAGCACCUGCAUUUACAAAAGCAUUUUUCUCGAAAACGUCACGGCUGCCUUCUCAGGGCAAAAUCCAGCUUUUUCUUCUUCAUUAUGUGCUGGCUAUACGCCGCUGCAUAAGCGGAUUAGGACCGAUAGAGAUGACUAGCGGAAGCCAUCCCUUAUUGGUGCUUGUGAAUAUCAAAAUUGUCACUUAUGAGUCACUUAUGAGCCUUUAAUUAUGCUGAUUCAUAAUUCACCGGUGCAUGUUUGGCGGUAUUUUGGCAUCCUACUAGUGCCAACUCUUUUUUUAGUUCCAAGAUAAAUUGAACAAUUUUUUAAGGCAUCUCUGGUUGUAAAUUCGCAUGUUCCGGAUCAGCCAGGAUUUAGACGUAAUAAUUUUUUUGUAUUAGUAAGGAAAUAUUUUGAGGAUUCCUUUUCCUAUUAUAUAGAGUGCUGUCCAAACUUGGCCAUUUGAUAAAGAUGUAUGCCUCUGUUAAAUCGAAUCUGGUCCUCACGAUAAGGAUGAGUGGAUCUACAUAUUAGAGUAUUCCUUUUAGUACGCGUCUGAUUAUACUGGACACGGAUAUACGAGUGAAUUUACUGGGAAAUAUUAUAGUAGUCCACGUUUAAAAUCGCGUAUUGUAGUACCUGACCGCAUGGAAUAUUGCGUCUAAGUCAGUUAUCUGAUUUAUCUCUCAGAUAUGCUUUUUCGCUUCCCACGCUUUCGCUCGUCGGAAUAACCUUUUACUUGUAGCCCAAAAAUUAUCAUUCGUCAAAAAUGUUCUCGUACAGGCGUACAAAUAUUUCAUCGUGUCUCGAUGACCUUAUAUAUGCAAACAAUUUUGAAUAUCAAUUGUAAACAUAUGGUGCACUUAGGGCAUUUUCCAGAAAAUUCCGUGUUCGUCAUGUCAGCCGUGUUUACAAAUCACAUUUUUGGCUACUUGCAUCACUUAUGAAAUUUCAAAACCUUAAACAUACUAUAUAGUGGAAAUGGUCAUUUCUAUUUAAUCGAUUCCCUUUAUUCGAUGAAGUGGAUAAAAACCAUCCAUUGGAAAACCUGUCGGUUUAAUCCGAGGAAUUGCAUAUCAAACGUAGGUGGUUUGAUGAGGCUGUAGACUUCAAAUCCUCCAAUGCCAAGAGAAGACAGGCUGGUCUUUAAUGCGCAUCUCAAAUUGACUUUUAUUUUCCAUUCGUCAAAUGUAAGUUAUUCGACGUAAAUUUCCGGAUGAACUAUAUUGCUUUGUUACUGAAGUGCAAUUAAUUGAAAGCGUAUGAAAAAACGCUUUGUAGAUGAUCGAAACCUGCAGACAAAUCGAUAGCGGACUAUGCAAACGUCGCAGCAUUCAUCAGCUUUACUUAUUUUACUAUAAUUUAUCCAAUCUUAGGGGGAUUUUGAUUGUACUCAGUUAAUUGCCCGCAGGAAUUGCAUUUAGGAUACGCAGAGAGAAAAUCUAAAAAAGCGUGUCUACUCAAUAGCUUCCUCUGAUUUUCAAUUUCAUUCAUUUUGUUUUUAACAGAGGAGGACACAGUACCAGUCUAUCAGUUGUGCAAAAAGGAGCAUGAAGAGUGUGAAUUUGUGCCCUACAGAGAAAAAGACGAAACCAAAGGCAAAGGCUGCCGUGAAGCGUGUGCAAAGAAACGAGGUCUGUACUUCAAUCUGCACUCACCCCUGUUGCAAUCAAUUUAGUCUUGGUCAUUUUAUGUUUGUCUACAGACUCUCAUGCUAAGUAUAUUUGUUCCUGCAAGCAACAAAUUCUUUCUUGUUUUUUAGGUGGACUAAAUGAGACAAUGACAGUAUACUAUUGCGAGGAACCCAACGCAAAAUGCACGCCAUAUGAAGUUUAUGGACGAGCAGGAUAUGCCGAGAACUUUGAGAGGCACUUUAAGUGCGUCAGUCUGUGUCACCUUGUCGGGAGAGGUAAAUUGUCUGCUUUUCCAUGAGUAUUUUGUGCGACGCCAUUCUGCUGGUUUUCAACAUACGUUGACAGUGGCAGACACGACCGAUACGCAAUUAAUUCCCUGUUUUUAGUUCAACAUAGCGCCUACAAUGAUUUUGAAAUGUGUUCUAGCGAACUGGAGCCAUGCGUGAAAAUAAAGAAAAUAAACGGAACAUUUGAUGCCUUCAAUAAAUGUGCUUUUCAAUGCGACGGCUGGCCAAAUCGUGAGUUAAUAUUUUUGUACUGUAAUUUGUAAUAACUAAUCAUAUUAAGUUAUUGUUAAUGUUACGGAUUUUUUUUCUCUUUAAGUUGAAAACACCUUGGAGGACACAGCAUUUUUCUGCCCUCAUGAAGGAUAUUGUCAGGAUGCCUAUUUCUUUAGCAAGCCGGAUGACAAAAACGGAUUUGAAAACCUGAUGACCUGCAUCAAAAAUUGCACGUCAGGUGAAAUGUUGCACUCAGUUUUUGAAGGCAUUGAAUAUUGUGCCACUCAUUAGAAAUUGAAGCACUGCACAUAUCUGAACUGCGUAUUUUGCAAAAUGACACGCAUGUAUACCACUCGCAGAGGUUACUAACAACUAUGACCUUUCACAAACUAAUAAUAAUCUACUCAGUUGAUAGCGAUUAGCAAUAGAAGUUUAGAACAGGCGAAGCAUAUGGGCUUAUAUUCAAGUAACUUAACUAUUCAGAAACCAGGCUGUGUACGCUAGAGCUCGUUUUGACUGGUUACUGACUCGUUUAUGCGCUUACUUCACUUCACUGAUAAUUGUGAUGUCUCGUAUGAGCAAUUGUAUACUAUGUAAAAUAAGACCUAUCAAAUGCUGAUUUGAAUUCUCGGUUAAGAUGUUUUUGUCGUUGAUAGAUUUAAACGUUAUAAGAAUACCCGCGGUUUUACUUACACAACUAUUUUUUUUUAUUUCAGCGUAA